AUGACAAGUAGAGCUCGACAGGAGCUCUUGCGACAUCACCCCAAUGCCGAGGUCCUACUACGAGCAUGGAAUGACAACAACUCAGCCAAAUCCUUCCCAAAUGUACUCAUGACGCUCUUAAAACCACGACUGUGGUUAGAGAGCUCCCAUGAGACGAUACUAGUGAUCCUGUCAAAGGUUACACUGGAUUCCGCAUAUUCGGGAUUCAGCUACUUCAGAAAAGUUCGCGACCACCUUGAUGACGCAGUCAAGUGGGGAGAAAGCGUCCAUUGGGACACCAGCCACCCGUACACAGGCCCACUGCCGUCCUAUGAGGAUAUUGAGGCCAUCAGAAUUGUCGGCUCCAAAGUAGGCGGUUUUGGCACCCCGCCACAGCCCAUCAGCCAAUGA